AUGGGCUCUAAAAAGAUCUAUCACACUGGGCAGCUUUCCCCGAGGCAGAAAACAAUAGACGUGAACUUCGCGCUGAACACAGCCACGGGAACGCUGCCUUCCCACAAAGUGCAUCCCCGAAUCCGGGGAAACGCUCCCAACCAGCUCGAAACAGUGACCCAAGCCAAUGGCCCGCGAGAGACCGCCCCGUAUCUGGCCCAGCGUCCGGAGGGCCAGGGCGCGCGGAGAGGGCGGGGGCGGGUAUCGCAGGAGGCGGCGGGCUCCGGGUCCGGCUCCCCAGCUGGGGCGACCAUCGAAGCGGGGGAGGCUGGGACAGGUGCGAGCAGGCUCGGCGCAAAGGCGUCCUGCUUCGGGAAGCCAGGGAGCCGGACCGCGGGGCACCAUCCGGCAGGACGCGCUUCUUCGAGAGCUUGCGGCCCCCCCAAGGCAAGCAAGGACCCAACCCCGGCGUGCGCCUUCGGUCUCCCGGCCCCUUUAGGGCCGAGGGUUCAAGUAAAGUUGCUGAGAGGGGGGUUGCUAGCACUGGAGGGUUACUGGUGCCCCGGGAAAGGAAACCUGCACUCUAGGAACUCCUUAGUGCCCUCCCUACUCACCCUUUCGCACUUCCCUCCCAAACUCGGGAUUACCUAAAUUCCCGUCCUGGCAUCCGAGAAAACCCCCAAAAGCUGGCAGUUUUCCGCUUUCCUUCGGUCGCUCCAAGUAAUCCCCAGGGAAGCCCGGCUCCGCGUUCCCCUCCCCCUCCCUGGCCCUACAGUCAACCCCCAGGAUCUUCGCUCUCCAGGGACCUCUGCCCUUCCUAGCAGGUACCUACCCUGCGCGCCUAGCCGGGCGUGGGGUAGGGGGUGGGGGGCUGCAGCAAACGUAGGCGGGAAAGGGACGGUCAAAGAGGCGAGUGCCCCCCUUGCAAAAAUAACAAAACUGCCUUAAAUUCCAAUAAAAUUAAAUUGACCUCGCUUUCCGAA